CGAGUUGUUUCCUGUCACUAGAAAGGAAGGCGAAAGGGUACAGAUGGAUGGCAGCGAAUGGAGAGUGAACUUAACUGGUAAACAUGGACUGUCAGGAAAAGGUGGAGGUGCCCGUCUACACCGAUGUGGACAAGGAGAUAUUUUUGAGAGACAUUUAUCCACGGCGCAGACCUGCAGUUCUGAAGCGCGUGCCCAUCGGGCCAUGUGUGCGCGCGUGGACGGUGAGUUUUCUGGCAGAAAAAGGAGGAGAUCGCGAGGUCAAAGUGCAUGUGUCCCCAGAGCCUAUGAUGGACUUUCUGCACAAGAACUUUGUGUACAGGACACUGCCAUUUGAUAAGUUCAUUGAGAGAGCUGCAGAGGCAAAGCACCCAGAAUUCUUCAUUAGCGAGGAUGAAAGUUAUUAUUUGCGCUCACUCGGAGAAGAUGUUCGCAAGGAGCCUGCUGAUUUAAGGAAGCAGUUCCCUGAGCUGGCGGAGGACUUUCAUGUACCCCAGUUCUUUGAGCCAGAGCAGUUUUUCUCAAGCGUCUUUCGUAUCAGUUCCCCUGGUCUGCAGCUGUGGACACACUACGAUGUAAUGGACAACCUUUUAGCUCAGGUUACAGGAAGAAAGCGUGUGGUUCUCUACAGCCCUGAAGAUGCCCUCCAUCUCUACCUCACAGGGGACAAGUCUGAAGUUUUGGACAUUGACAGUCCUGAUCUGCAGCUUUAUCCAGAGUUUGUGAAGGCUCGUCGCUACGAGUGUAUUCUGGAACCUGGAGACCUGCUUUUUAUUCCAGCUCUUUGGUUUCACAAUACUCUGGCUCUUCAGUUUGGAGUCGGUGUCAAUGUGUUCUGGAGGCAUCUGCCAUCUGAGAGUUACGAUAAGAAAGACCCAUAUGGAAACAAAGACCCAGUAGCAGCCACUCGAGCUCUGCAGUCACUGGAGAGGACUCUAGGCAUCUUGGAUGAACUGCCAUCUGAUUAUCGGGAUUUCUAUGCUCGUCGAAUGGUGCUGCGCAUUCAAAGCCGAGCCUACAUUAGGAAACCUAUUAAUGCAGCACAGGAGAAUUCAGACACAACAUAGUCUUCGCACUACACUGAUGGAGCUGCGUGCCAACCGCAACUCGCCGUGACGGAGAUUCCCGAGCCUGUGCGCUCCAAUGAGAUGUGCUCUCUUCAGCGCUCACCAUGACAACGAGACUCACAGCAGUGACGUCGCAUUGUAAACAUUUGCAUCUGCAUUCCUAUAAAGCUCGUCGGUUCUCUGUCAGUUUUGUCAGUUCGCUCGGUGUUGCUGUUUGUACUUGACCAAGGUGAGUUCAAUACCUGACGGUACGAGUGGAGCCACGCCAAUCUCACGAAGUCCGCUUCGUGAAGCUUCACUCGGGCCCGUCUGUGCUGUAGUUCCUUGCGGUUUGCGUACAUAAACGCAAUAUCGCGAAGAAUAUUACGUGUUUGUUGCUCGAAAUGUGCCGCCGAGCAACAUUCCAGUGAACACUGGCACGGACUGGCGCCCGGUUAGCUCGUGCACUCCCUGGGGCGAGGCGGCUUGUGAACCCUAGGCAGGGAUCAAUACAAGCCGUGAGGACCCUCAGGGAAACACGGGAGGCCGGUAGUGGGACCCCGCUGCGAGGGUUAUGGUGGGUGGGAGCAGCGAGGCCCACUCAUCGUCUAUUUUAAACUAUAGUUUCAAACUUUAGUUUACUAUAGUUUAAAAUAGAAACCAUGGUAACUGUAAUGUUUUAACUAUGUCUGGCUGUUGUAAUGUUUUGCUUUGUUUUUCAGCUGAGUUGUUGAGCAAAGAAAGGCUAUUGAAGACAACCGCGGGUUAUAUUCACGAGCGCGCGCAUUAUAAUGUUUCCGUGCUGUUUUCUGAAAGUUUAUCUUGU